GCGCACCGCCACCUCCGCCGCUAGCUACCUCCUCGCCUGUUCUCACUAGUACAUACGCUAACGGGUGAACUCGUCUCGCUACACGCGCACGCAGUUGAAACCAGCGCGCCUCUUGAAGCUAUUGUGUUUACUGUUCAGGCAUUUCUAUGAAAUUGUCAGUUGUUUGUGAGAUUGCACACUGCACGUAUUGCCCGGGUAGUGUGAAGUGGGUGGUGAUUUGGUGAUCGAUACCUUCAGUACUGUGUGCAAGUAUUGGUGGCUGUGUGGUGCAUCGCUGCCGCGUAGGUGGUCUGAGAUCACCGUGCAAGGAACUGCGAUCAACAGUGCCCGGGAGCCGGAGAGGGCAGUGACCGCGGUCGCGAUCUCGAACCGCAGCAGUGCGAGCGCGGCGGCGUGCGGCAUGGAGUGCGGCGUGGCGGCGGGCGGGUACCCCGCGCCCCCCGCGCACCCCGCGCACCCCGCGCACCCCGCUCUGUCGCCCACUGAGCGCUCGCCCGCUAAGUCCGGUCUACACGUCAACUUCAGCGACAAAGGAGAGGUGAAGGAGCGGCGCGAGAAAUUCCUCACGGCCAAAUAUGGUAGCCAUCAGAUGGCGCUGAUCCGCAAAAGGCUCGCCGUCGAGAUGUGGCUGUACGACGAGCUGCAGAAGUUAUACGACACACCGAAGGAGGGCGCGGCAGGGGCGGCGGGCGCGGCGGGGGCGGCGGGGGCGUGCGCCUCGCAGGAGGUGGAGGUCGACAUCGACGAGCUGCUCGACAUGGACAGCGACGAGCUGCGCCGCCGACACCUCACGACUUUACUAGCGGACGCCAAAAAACCUCAAAAAGAUGUACAUAAAUUCAUUAAUGAUUUGCUAGAAAAAGCGAAAACUCUUUAGAUUACGGAACCAAAUCUCAUUGGGUUGACUGAGGAGUGGACGACCGGUAGCCGGAGCCCACGGCGCACAUAUCAGGCCGCGCCGGACCACGGGACCACGCACCGGCCGUGUGUAGCCCGCUUCCAUGUCAUUGUUACAUUGUGUAAUUCUCGUAGAAUUGAUAUUGUCACUUGUUGGUACAUGAUGUCGUAACCCAAGCGCCAACGACAGUAGCGACUAGGUUUACGGCGCGUACGGACUAGCGACCUGAUAGUGUACCUAGACCUAAUGUAGAGCAGGAGGUUCUCUGUUUGCUGAAUCUAAGCAGGCCAUUGUUUUGCUACAAGAGAAUAACUGUGUAAGGAUAGUUAUGUUAGAAAGUAUUGUAAAGUUAGCCAACUACGAUGUAUAUAGUUACAAUUGUAGGUGUCUACAUUAUGUAGCGCCGUCGGCAGCCUACACGACGACACUACAUUGGGAACUUAUUCUAAUUUAUGCGUAAGAAUAUCUUGAGUGCAAUAAUACUAAUCUUAAUGCUUGUGUGGCGUACCUAUUGAAUAUAUUGCGAGGAGAUUGCUUUUUGUACUUUAAACUUACGAGACUGACUCAGUGGUCUAGUGAAGUGACAUCUUAAUCCGAAGGUGCUGCGUUAGAUUGCCAGACAAUUUUGGGCAAUUCAAUGUUAAAGUUUUGUCAGGGUUCACUCGCCCGCUCAUAUAAAACUUACGAGAAGUGCUUACAUAAUAUUGGAAUUUUAUUGAACAUACUUCACAAACUGGAAUGCGUCAAUGUGUUAAUCUACGCCCUAAUUUACAUGCAGCCCACAUACUUGUACAAUCUAAUACAAUACUACUAAUCAAUGUGCAUUUCACUACAUAAGUUACUAAAAUUUUUACUAGAAGUUAAGUACACCCAACUAAACACUUCGUCGUUGGAAGAAUGAGCUCAAGCUGAGUAAGGCCUCCGACCUCGUGGCAACAGACCUUAGAGCCCUAAAUAGCACAGCAAUAAAA